UCAAAUAUCAAAGGAGAUUUGAAACGUAUCUUAUCUUAAGAAUUAUUAAAUAAUCGAUUGAUUCAACAAACGGUAUAAAAGCAUUCAUUUCAGCAGAAAAUGAAUAUCGAUUGUGAGUUGUCUCCAUCACAAUGAAAGCACCAGUGGUAUUGCUAUUAGUCAUUGGACUAACAUUUUACAGCACUACACAAGUAAAUAGCAACCCUGUACCUGCAACACGUGCUCUUCAUGAUGACUUGAUCGAUUUUCUAAACUUAUUGCCUCAGGAUAAAAUAAUCGAAAUAUUUUUCGAAUACUUGGCAAAUGAUGAUGAAGUCAAAUUCGUUGUCGAAUAUGUCCAAACAGCGGAAUUCCAUGAAUUAGUGAAGGCUAUUGAAGCUGUUCCUGAAGUAGUGAACUUCGUUAACUACCUAGAAGAAUCAGGUCUAAGAGUUUAUGAUUUCGUGAAUAAAAUACAUGAUGCAAUUGGAUUACCACCAAUCUAUCAUUCACAUCUAUUGAGAGGAAAAUCUUACAAUAGACAAAUAACUGGAGGUGUUGCUGGUCUUAUCUUUGAUAUCAAAGCUAUACUACCAAUGGAAGAUAUCAAGGCUAUGUAUUAUCACAAAUUAGAAAAUUCAGUAGAAUUCAAAGAACUUAUUGACCGUCUUCAGUCACCAAAACUUCAAGAACUUAUCAACCAAUUAUACACUAAUGACGAAUUCUUAGCCAUCCUUGAAACUCUUAGAAGCUUUGGUGUUGAUCUUCAAGCAUUUGCUGAUCUGCUUUAUACUAUAUUAGGUCUUGAAUUCCCUUACAAUGUCGCAAUUGCUCGAAAUCAUAAUGAGCCAUCAGCUUAUGUUGAUUUUAAUGAUUUUUAUGCAGCUAUAUCGCAUGAAAAAAUUUCAUUCGUAAUCCAAAGGUAUAUAGAACAUGACAGUGAAAUCAAGGCAAUCAUGGCGUACAUGAAAACUGAUAAUUUUAAAGACGUCGUGAAGAUUGUUCACAAACUCCAAAGUGUCAACGAUCUUUAUCACUAUCUUGAUCAAUCUGGAUUAAAUAUUUACCCAGUCGUCAACGCCAUACACAACAAGUUGAUAGAAAGCCGUGUGUUGUCAAACCAUGCAUUAGAGACGAAACAAUCUUCUGCAGUACCUCCUACAAGUGGACUUCUCGGUUUGAUUGAUGAACUCUUAUUCUCACUUCCAUUGAUGGAAUGGUACAAUAUAUACCAAGACAAAAUGGUCAAUGAUAAAGCUUUCCAAAAUUUUGUAAAAAGAGUAUCAUCUCAUGAUUUUAAAAUGGUUGUUAAAACUAUCUUUGAAGACAAAACAUUUAAACAAGCUGUUGAUAGAAUAGCAAUGAAUGGUUUUGAUAUUACUCCUAUUAUCGAUUUCAUUUCUACAGCUCUUCAUAUUGAUAGCCGCAGUGUUUCAUUUAGUACCCGAAGCGAAAAUCUUCAUGAAGAUUUCAAGGAUUUCAUUGAAUUAUUACCUAAAGAUGAAAUGAUAAAAAUUGCUAUCCAAUACUAUUUAACUGAUCCUGAUGUCAAAAAAGCUGUUGCUUAUCUCCAAUCAGAAGAAUUUAGAGAGCUUGCACUGAAAUUUCAACAUGAUAAAGAAUUUCAUGAACUUAUCUUAUACUUCAGAGAAUCUGGUGCUGAUGUUGUAGUAUUAAUCAACAUGGUUAAUGAAUUAUUAGGACUUCCUGAUUUCCCUGAUAUCCAUGCUCGAGCUUUGAAAAGCUAUUUGACUAUUACAACUUUUCAUACCCAACAAACAUUGAGUUCUGUUGAUAAUAAAAGUGGAGGCAUGCAAGCUAUGUUGAAUGAAAUCCGUAGUAUUAUACCAUAUGACGAUAUUCAAGCUAUGUAUAAUUUAAAAAUGGAAAAUUCAGUACACUUCCAAUACUUUGUCGAACGAAUGAAGGCAGCAGAGCAUCAAGAACUAAUUGAUAGAUUGGUACAGAAUGAAAACGUUUUAGCAUUAGCAUACCAAGCUCACAUUCACGGAAUUAAUAUCGAACAUAUUGGUCAAAUAUUGUUUGAAUUAUUUGGACUUGAAUUCCCAAAAAAUCCAUUCGGUUAUUAAUUUAAAAUAUUAAACCUGCCAACGCUGCUAUUGUGAUUAUAUAAUAAUGAAAAAUUUUAAAUAAAUUGAUGCAAACCUUUUUAAAGAAGCA